UGCAACUAACCUAAAAAUUGUAAUUUGUAAAAUGUAAAUUGUACUUUUGCAAUAAAUUAGUGAUUUUAACUAAUGUAUAUUAUCUAACGCUGCGUUCAGCCAUGGGAACCGAAAUUGCAGUUUCGUUUAGUACUUUACGAGCUCAGCUAGAGAACGAGAAAAGUAGCCUGUUUAAAAUCGAUGAAAACAUAAAAAAAAUUGUUCAAACUACUGGACGAUUUAACAAUGAUAGAUUCAAUGCGACCGGUGACUAUUCUCGGGGCGCUCCGAGGCUGGGCGGCCGAAACUCUUACCCUGACGCUAGUAACAACUACAAUAACUACAAAAACGACGAGCAGUUCAACAAACGUAAACACGAAACCAAAACUGUGUUUAGCAGACUAUCGGCCAGGGUAAAUGACAGUGAUGGUGAAGAAGAUGGCCCAGGAGCAAAGCGAGUUAGAAUGCCUUCAGCGGUGUCCAGAGAGCUACCGACCAGAGCUGCUGUGCUCCGAGCACAGGGAGAUGAUGAACAGGCUAGAACUCGCAACCGGAGGAUCUUCGGUUCACUUCUUGGUACAUUACAAAAGUUUAAACAAGAAGAGAUUGUUCUUCAAACAAAGGAGGAUAAAAAGGCACAAGUGGAACGUAAAAUUGAAGAGCAAGCAAGAAUGGAAAAAGAACGAGAACAGAAAGAAAGAAAGACAUUAUUUGCAGAGAGAGAACAGAAGAAAGCAACAAUAAAAGCACUGGAGGCAAAGAUGGGCCGAGUGCAGGAGUUUGAGAAGUGGGAGGCCUCACAAAAGUGUCUCGGCAACUUCAUACUCACCAAAGCCAAGCCACACAUUUAUUGGAUUCCAAAGAAAAUGUCAGAAAAAGCAGCAGAAAAACUAGAGUCAAGCACAAAACUCCAUGAAAAAUACUUGGCGCGAAAACGCGUCGAGCUACAGGAGGAGUUGCAACGGAUAGAGCAGCGGUGCCUGCGCGUGCGCGGCCCGGGCCGGGACGAGCAAGAGAACAAGCAGGAAAGCCUCGCCGACGACAAGCCCAGCAGGAGGGACAAGUUCGCCCCGGAACAGGACAGGGAUGGCGAAGAGAGUGACGGGGAGAUACAUGGGGAAGAUAAUGACAACAAUGGAGAAGUAAAAGAGCAAACAGAAGAAAUUAAUAUAGACCAACCGAGCGAAAUUGCACCCAUGGAGACUGACGAAGCUAACGAGGCUAAAGAUCCAGCAGUCGUCGAGGAACCCUCAGAGAAGGCAGACAAUGCACAGCCAGAGACAGAGGAGCAGGACAAAACUAAAGACAUCAGUACAGAAGACUCCUAGCCCAGAUGCCAUGGUGGUCGUCACAAGCAUGUGACCAUUCCUACAGUUACAGUAUAAUUGUGAUGAAAUGUCCGACUCCCCAUAAUGUUGUUGCUAAGAUCAUCUAAGAUCUGAUCUGGCAUGACUAGUAUUGCUCCAAAACAAUGUUGCAGAAAGUCAUUAAGUACCUAGUUUGUUAUUGAGUGUAGACUGUUAGAAAGUCUCUAGGCUAAAAGAUUUUUAAAAUAGUUCUAUUGUGAUUUUUUUUAAACAAACUUUGUAUGAACUUUCUUACAUAAAAUAUAUUUUAAGUCUAAGUUUCUUUAGUUGCGUCAUCGAAAAUAUAUGAGGUAUGAUUUUAAGAACUCCAAAAGAUUCUAACAAAAAAAAAACAAGCUAAAUCUGUUACAGAUUUGUGAAGUAAUGUAAUGGUCUUAUGUAUUCUUCUGUUACAAAUUAAUACAAAGGCAAACAAAUACUUUGUUUACAAUGUAUAAUAUUAUAAAAUUAUGAAAAUAAAGCAGUGUGGAAGACUUCA